AUGCAGGCGAAGAUGAAGCUGGUUCUGCACGAGGGGGUUGACGCCUCCUCUGUGUGUGUCCUUCUCUCGCUCCGGCAGACAGAAGAACGUGUUCGUCAGGAUGAGGCGGUGUUCUGCGCAGGUGCGGAGGAGCAGCAGACCAUUGUCGUUUAAGCCGCGGAGACCGUGGGGACCCAGCACUCCUCUCCAGGCAGUAUGGUCGGUGCCGACGCGGGCGUUGAAGUCACCAAGGACGAUCAACUUGUCCGCCUUCGACGCAGUCGCCAAGAGGGUGUGCAGGUCCUCGUUGAAUUUGUCUCUUGCGGCGGCGUCGGGGCUGCUCGUCGGCGGAGCGUAGGCGCUGAUGAUGGUGGCGAAUUUGCCCCCCCCCCCCGCCGGAGAGGCAGACGGAGGCUCAUCAGACGAUCAUUGAUGCCCUGCGGCAGACUGGGCAGCCGUCCCACGAUGUCGUUCCGGAUGACGAAGGCGACACCCGUGUCUCGUCGCUCGGCCCUGGGUCGACCACUCCAGAAGAAGGUGUAG